UUAGUACUUCUGAUUUAGACUUUAGAUAGAGAUAGAGAGAGAGAGAGAGAGAGAGAGGAGUCGAAGACGAAGACGAAGAAGAGAAACGGACUGCAAAAGAAAAAAAAAAAAGCCAAAGGUUGUUUUUAAUGGCAACCUUUGCUUCUCUUCUCUCCUCUUCGCUUCCUCUUCCUCAUCCUCCUCUUCUCCAGUCUCGGCAUAAUUUCCAUAACCCCCUUCAUUCCUCCUCUCUUUCUUUCCCUUCUUCUCGUCUUUCUUUCACUAUCACCUCAAAAAACCCUAGAAAAACCAUCCCAACUCUAAUUCUUGCCUGUUCUGAUUCCUCUUCCUUUUGUGAUGACUUUUUCUCUAAUCCAAAUUCUGGGUCUUCUGACAAGAAAUCAGUUCUCUCGGAUUUGAUACAAGAGAUAGAACCCUUGGAUGUGAGCCUCAUUCAGAAAGAUGUUCCACCUACUACCUUGGAUGCUAUGAAGAGGACCAUCUCUGGCAUGUUGGGUCUACUUCCAUCUGAUCGCUUUAAAGUUUUCAUUGAGGCUUUCUGGGAACCUCUCUUUAAGUUAUUGGUCUCUUCAAUUAUGACAGGUUACACAUUGCGGAAUGCUGACUAUAGGCUUUGUCUUGAAAGAAACCUUGGUGUGCAUGAAGGAGAUAUUGACAAUCAAGUAUCAGAAAAUCCUAAACUUGAUUUGCAAGGGACAGAAGUAGACAAUGCAAAAACCAAUCAAUGUAAUGGAAAAAAUGUCAAAUUUGAACGAAUUACUGAAGACCCAUCUGAUAAUAUUGGUAUUGAGGGCCUCGGUGAUAUGUCCCUUGAAGCUCAACAAUUUAUUCUUCAUUUACAGUCUCGUUUGUCUUCUGUGAAAAAGGAACUCUGUGAAGUAAAGAGGAAGAGUGAUGCUCUUCAGAUGCAACAGUUUGUCGGUGAAGAAAAGAAUGAUUUGCUGGACUACUUACGAUCUUUACAACCGGAAAAGGUAGCUGAGUUAUCAGAACCUACAUCUCCAGAAUUGAAAGAAGUAAUCCACUCUGUAGUCCAUGGUCUCCUUGCAACUCUUUCUCCUAAAAUGCAUUCCAAGGCUCCACCUCAACCAGAGAACACAUCUAGCGGAACAAGAAAUAUUGGAAAUGAAGAUUGUGCUGAACUUGUUGAAAAUACUUCACUUCAGUUUCAGCCCCUCAUUUCCCUGACGAGGGACUAUCUGGCACGCCUACUCUUCUGGUGCAUGCUGUUGGGACACUAUCUUCGUGGUCUCGAGUACCGGAUGGAGCUGAUGGAACUUCUGUCGUUAACAAGCAAUGUGGAAAUUGAUGGCUGUGGAGAUGAACAAGUUGCUUGAAGUUAAAGGUGCUCUACUUGAAAUGUUUCCAUCUGUACAUAAAAGUGUUUCUUGGUGUGUACAGAAUUUGUUUGCCAACAAGAAGAGACUUGAAGAGAGAUGCCCGAUUAUGCUUUUGCGGAUGGAUAGGAUAUUUGUGUGUAAAAGAAUGCUUCCCUUGUUUAUUAUAAGAAUACUUAAAUGUGUCUUUUGCUGUGUAAUUAUUCUUAAUGAAAUUAAAAGAAACUUGUGCC